AUGUCGUCCAACCAGUCCGCUACGGACUCCAAUGCCGACCUGGCUCGAAAACUGCGUGGUGCUGAAAUUGGGUAUUCGGAAACUUCCUCAAUCACCGAAAAGCAAACAGUCAUCUAUCGCCCCCUCUCCGAGUCUCCAAGUAGCACCACUGUGGGCCCAGACCGGGAGGACACCUUUAAUCUUCAAGAAUAUUCGACAAUGAAUGCCCCAAACGAGAUAAUCGCAGUGAGAAGUUUCGUCUAUUCGUCUGAUGUCGUCCACAGCAGGAGGAUGGGAACCAAGUCAGAGGCUGGAAAGACAGAGAAGGCAGAGGAUACUAGGUCCGAGACUGCCACAGAUAUCGAUAUUAUCAAAAGACGAGGAUACGAAUUUCACGUAUAUGGCCCUGGGAUGAACACGGACGAGAUAAUACAAAAAGCCAUGAUGCUCCGUCUGGGGUCGGAGAAAACCCCUAGCGACGGCGUAGCCGUCCAGGAACCCAUCCAGGAACCCAAACCGGCAAAGCAGAAGUGGCCCCCCCGCCUGAAGAGGAUAGACGAGAUAGUGAAAACAGAACGAGAGAUGAAGCAAAUGUGGGACUAG